AUGCAGCUCUCUCCGCUGCAGUCGCGAUUUGCAGCAUCGGCCAUCGCCACCGUUGUCCUGAUCAUCAUAUACUUCACCCUUUUCCCACCACAAUUCGCCUUCGCCGAAGAAAUCAGCCAUGGCUCACCGAUAAUAAUGGACGCAUCUGCUGGGCUGGACGGAGCUGAUGUGGAAUUGGAGACGAGGGAUCUCUGGUACGAGCCAGAGUUUAGCGCCUUCGACCGGAGUAUACUCGGGGAGGUGACGAAGAGGGAUACGCUGUCACUAUCGAACAACGUCCCCAACCAGAUGAACCUCGCAGCUGGCGACACGCUGGUCUAUCUGUUUCCCAGCUCAGAGCUGUCGAGCACACAGGAUACCUCGUCAUUGGAGCUGCGGGGUGAAUCCGGAACGUCCGAAGAGGAGGAAGGGGAUGUCUUCGCAGGCUUGGACGAACAAGGCCAGCUCUCCAAGAGAGCUACGGCUACGACGGUGUAUAUCUCGGCGAACACAUGCCUCCAGCCCCAAGGCAAUUCGACGACAAGUUCCGAGCCCCCACAGUUGACGCUUUACGUGUCCAACUCAACGGACAACACCUCGCCGGGUCCUUCGGCUGAUGCGAGCAAACAGCAGGCCAUAACCUUUAAGGAGGGUGCGGUCAUGUUUAACAUGACCGCGUCGGAUGAUCUAUACAUGGGUGUCUCUGCGAGCAAUGUGUCGGCUGACUACUCGGGGAUAUAUAACUUUCAAAUCGCUGCGUCGGUCGAUAUGUGGUACCACAGCUACAACGAGUCCGAUGAUGACGAGCUCUUUUGGGUGGACAGCGAUACCACGUCAGUCCUUCUGAUGACACAAAACUUGACCACGGCCCGGAACAGGGACCAAGAGGACCAAAUCAUGAACUCGAGACCCUAUGUCAUGUUCGCACAGAAUGAUGCCGUGCCAUCCAUCAACGGCAUGAGGUACUCGUAUUGUGGCUUGGACAAUUACGCACAGAUUGCGGCUGUUAGAAACGGCCAGGAUACAACCCAGGUGACCACUGGCAUCACCAGGCGGGGUGCUGGCGGGCAUCCCAAGCAGCAAUUCUACUUCAGCGGCCUCAAUGCCAGCUCGAGGUAUCAAGGCAUUCUGGCGAGGAACGCAAACGCCACGACAGAUGUCAACGUUCCAGGAGGUGGUGGACAUGUCUUGCGAGCCACCACCUUCGAAACGAAGUCGACCGGCGGUAACUGCGCCCUCGUCUUCAAUCUCACCUUCUGCGACCAGGUCGCCUACGCCGUACCCAGCAACAAUGUCACCUUCCCCAACACCACGGUGCUGGGCGAGUUCUACGACAAGUCCGCUCAGGGGUUCUGGGACGGCUUCAACAAGUCGCUACAGCAGAUACCGUGCGAGGCACCUGACGCGCAGCAGUACUCGCUAGUGCGCAACUGCUCGACGUGCGCGACGGCGUACAAGAACUGGCUGUGCUCGGUGACGAUCCCGCGGUGCGAGGACUUCUCCGCGACGGACGCUUGGCUGCAGCCGCGGGCGAUCAACGAAACGUUCCCCGACGGCACGCGGCCGGCGCCGGACCUCCUGGCGCCCUACGCCGGGUCGCAGGAGAGUCAGCUCAGCUUCCAGCGCAGCCGCAACCCCAUCAUCGACGAGACCAUCAAGCCGGGCCCGUACAAGGAGGUGCUGCCCUGCGAGGAGUUGUGCUACGAGCUGGUGCAGAGCUGCCCGGCCAAGCUCGGCUUCGCGUGCCCCCGCCCGUGGAUGACCGGCUUCAACACCAGCUACGGCGUUAGGAGCGCCAUCAACGAGCAGGGCAACAUCACCUGCAACUAUCCAGGGUCGUUCCACUUCUACGAUGCGGCGCCGGGCCUGGCUGUGCCGUGGCUUUUGGCGUCUGCGCUCUUCCUGUCUGCUACGGCGGCGGUCUGGUAG